AUGUCGACUGAAUUUCCACUCCAGCAACACCGCGCUGGUGGUGGCCAUCCAAGCGGCGAACGCAAAGGCAUUCAGGAGAAGCUAGACGAAUCUCUUUUGGGCCACCUCUCACAACUCUUCAACAAAUAUGCCACCACAAAAAACACAUGGACUCGAGACCAGAUUAGCAUUUUCAUGCAGCACGUGCAAGCCGAGGAUCCCAAUGGUCUAGCGGGUUACCUCAUCGACAAAGACGAGCUGGAUCUCUUCGAGCUGAUCAAAUAUAUCACCUCGCCAUGCGGCAACAUUCUCGAAAUAGCGGCUCCUCAGGAUCUGUCGUGGCCACUGAGUAGCUACUUCAUCAGCUCGAGUCAUAACACUUACCUCACCGGAAACCAGCUAUCAAGCGACUCCAGCGCCGACGCUUACAGGGAUGUCCUCCUCCGUGGAUGUCGCUGUAUCGAAAUUGAUGUCUGGGAUGGCGAGGAGCGAUACAAGCCUGGGUUCAACCCCGAUGGAGAAAACGAGAACGACACAAACAACGCACCAACCAAGCUUAGUCGGAGGGACAAGUUAGGCAUCAAGGUCGGCCGUUGGAUCAUGAACAAGUUUGACCCUGUGGACCCAGAAGGCAGGACUGCUGAUGAUAGGCUUUCGGACAUUAUUGGGGCGGAGCCACGGGUUCUUCAUGGCUUCACUCUCACCAAGGAGAUUCUUUUCCGCGAAGUUUGCCAAGUCGUCAAGGAAUACGCCUUCGUCACGUCGGAUCUGCCACUCAUUGUCAGCUUGGAGGUGCACUGCACUCCACUACAGCAGGCCGCCAUGGUCGAUAUCAUGGAGGAGACUUGGAGAGAGUUCCUCCUCCCUGAGCCCGAGUUAGAGCCGGCUUCUUUAGCGUCGCCCGAACAGCUGCGCAGAAAGAUCCUCGUCAAGGUUAAAUACGUCCCGAAGGAUAAAGACGGUGCCGAAAGCGUCAAUGUAGACUUAGACGACGACAGCAGCAGCAUCCUUGAUGUCACAACGACAGAAGGUGGCGCGAAGAAGGCCGUGAAGGUCAAGCCACCCAAGGUCAUCUCUCGCCUCAGCCGUUUGGGCAUCUACACACGCGGUAUUACCUUCAAGUCUCUUGAGCAAGCCGAAGCAUCGAUGCCGAACCACAUCUUUUCCCUUUCGGAAAAAACGGCAUUUGCUAUUCAGAGAAGGAUGCCAAAGGCCUUAUUCUCUCAUAACAGAGACUUCCUCAUGAGGACCUACCCACACGGCAUGCGGGUUGACUCGUCCAACUUUGAUCCUGUUAUCUUUUGGCGAGCGGGCGUACAGGUUGUCGCGCUGAACUGGCAGUCCUGGGAUGUGGGCAUGAUUCUCAACGAGGGCAUGUUUGCGGGUUCGGAUGGGUACGUCCUUAAGCCUAAUGGUUAUCGGCGCGAUCCUACGGGCGAGUCAGACGACGAAGAUGUGGGAUCCAACAUCGAGAGCAAGAAAUUGGACAGAGUCGCUGUUACAGUGCUGGCGGCUCAGAAUCUUCCUCUACUCAACCCACAUGAUGAUCCGACAAAGUUCAUCCCUUACGUCAAGGUUGGGUUGCAUACCGAGCCAGAUGCGCUAUCCGCCAUGGUGCGUGAAGAUGUGGACGGGGAGCAAGUCACACAGAUUGGCUACAGUGGCCAAACGAGCAAGAGUACUGGCACCAGCCCGGAUUUUGGCGGAGAGGUCAUCGAGUUUCUGAACGUCGAGGGCGUUGUUCCGCAGCUGGCUUUCCUCUCAUUCGUCGUCAUGAACGAUGUCGUCGGGCCGGAUGUUAUGACAGCGUGGGCAUGCGUCCGCUUGGAUAGGUUGAGACUUGGAUACCGCUUCGUCAGGCUGCUUGACAAGGACGGUAUGCCCAGCAAGGGCUUACUUCUCAUCAAGACGGAGAUCGCGGAAGCCGGCACCGAGUAG